AACCCUCUCUUUAAUUUUUGUUUGGUGGUUGCAAAGAGGUGAAAAUUCUCCAACUCCAAUUCACCCCUCCUCUUGGAGUGCAUUGAGUCAACAUGUUUUACUCCAGACCUUUGACAAAAUGAUAGAGAUGAAGAAGGCAUGGACUUAUGGCUUCUCUAAUGAAAUAUCAACAGUAUCCACUAGCCCGAACCACAAGGGGAGAGGACCGGCAGAACAGAAUACCAAAAACAGAAACGCCCCUGCCUCGCACCAAGCCCUGCGCCCUGCGCCCCUAAGCCUGCGCCCCUACGCCUCUACCCCUGCACCUGCCCUGCACCAGAUCCUGGCCUUGCUCUGCACCGAGCCCUGCGCCCCUGCUGCACCGAGCCUGCGCCUGGAUCACGCCCAGAUUUCCUUGCUAUGCGCCCCCUGCUGCGUUGACCCUGCUGCUGCGCCUUUGUCCCUGCAGCCAACCGAGCAUGAGACAAACCUGCAGGAUGACAUCACGCUCCAGCUUUCUUGGCUGCUCUGCAGGGCCAGUUUUGGCCUCACCCGAUCAAUGGUGGAAGGAAAAAGAAGAAAAUUGAAGGGUUUGGAUGAGGAGAGAAGAAGGGUUUUUAGGGUUUCUAUGUUUGGGUAUAAAUAGAGGGUUUUAGGUUAGAAACAGGGGGUUCUUUGGUUUUGAGUUUUGGUGUUGACGGCAAAGAAAAGAAAGGGAUCUCGGCUAGAAGGAAGCAGCAGCUUGAGAGGAGAUCAUUAAGCUCUUAAAGGAGUGACUGUUUUUGGAAGCUGCGUUUCUGGAUUUAUCUUUCCUUUAGGUAUUUUUCUUCAACAGAGGAGUUCUUUUGGGGAGACAGUGAGGGGAAUGAUCUGGGCUUGAUCCCGUGGGUGGGAUCCGCCCGAUCGGACUCCGACCUGUUACCCAGAAAGCUCCGCCGUGUUUGUUUCUUUUGUGCUCCUGUUUCCGUGACAUGCUUUUGUGAUGUUUACAUUUGUAUAUGUUUACCUGAAAAUGAAUGAGAAUCCAAGAU